AAAGAAGUAUAUAAGUGAUAGUCGUGCGAAUACAACACAUAGCAUUUGAGUAUAGUGAGCGAAGCGCGGCUUACGGUUACGCGUGGAAUCAUAUCGUGAGAUUACUGUCUUCGUUUAUAUCGCUCUGUUGAAGUAUUCGUCUCUUCUUUCUCCUUAAUUUAUAGGGUUAGGGUUUUUGUUAUCAAUCUGUUUAUAUAAAGUGAUUUUCGUACUUAAAAAAGUUGUGCGGCUUACUGGAACGCUACUCUCUACCUAGCUAUGGCGUCUUCUAUUGUGAUCAAGGUCAAGUAUGAAGAGACACUCAGGCGAUUCAAUGCUUGUGUCAUCAAUGAGAAGCUUGAUCUUAACAUGGGUGGAUUGAGAGAUAAGAUUAUUCAACUUUUCAACUUUGCUUGUGAUGCUGAACUCACACUAACAUACAUUGACGAGGAUGGCGAUGCAGUAACACUCGUUGAUGAAGAGGAUCUGAAGGAUGUUACGAGGCAGGACCUGAAUCCUUUGAGAAUAUCUGUGAGGUUAAAUGCUGCCGAAAGAAGUGGCAGACCUUCAGCUAGAUCUAGUGGAAGGUCUACUCCCUUACAGUCACCUCGGGUCCAGCCUCCAUUCCCAAACUUGAAUUCCGGUGUUUCUGAUGUUCUCAAGUCCGUUCCAGAACCUCUGCGUGAAUCUGUGGUAAAGGUCUUAUCUGAGCUGACUACUAGGGCUUCAUCCUCUACUCCCAUCCUUGCUGAGCUUGUUGAUGCUAUGUCUAAGAUGGGGCUAUCUUACUACCAAAAUCAGGCUUCAGGGCCUCAACCUGUCAAAGAAGCUGGUUCCGUUAGUGGAACAUCUAAUGGAAAUACUAUGAGUGCUGAUGGAGGAAAGCCAAAUGUUAAAAGUGGAGAGCCAUCCCUGAAGAGGAAUGAGCCCCUCACAGCACUACGUAAUGAGGAGAAUCUAUUGAGGACUACAGAUUCAAAACCUAAGGCCUCCAAUGAAGCUGUAGAUGCCUCAGUCAAGCUAAUAUCUAAAUCAAAAACUUUGGAAGGUGAUCAAACCGGAGCUCAGUCAUCAUCAUUCAAGGGUCCUAAAGCUCAGGCAUCGUUGGUGAAGACCAUUGGUGGAAAGACUAUUGGCGUUGCAUAUUUGAGUUCCUCACCUAAUCCACCAGAAAAAACUUCUGAUGAGCAGCCCAGCAAGGGUCAUCCUGUAGCUAAGCCGGUUGAUUUGGGCGCCUCUGCAAGCUCUAGUAAAUUGGAACAGUGCAACUGCGAUUCCCUCAUUGCAAAUCCCAGUGGCAGUUCAACCAAGAAGCCUUUUGAUGGCUUCAAUCCUGUACAUCGUCAAGUUCCAAUGAACACUGUCAAUGUGAAUGAUUCCCGUAAUGCAGGUUCCAGUGGCAUUUCAAUGAAGAUGCCGUAUGAUGGCUUCAGACCUGUAAAUGCUUUACGUCUAGUUCCGCUUAACCCUGUGAAUGAGUGUCCGUUUUCUGGGGUGCCAACGGCAAACAACCCUGUGCCAAUUCCCAACUUCCCUUUUGGGGUCCCACUUAAAAGGGGCCAUAAUAACAAUGAUGGGACUGGGACUCUUUUCCAUAAAGGUGUACGCUGUGAUGGUUGUGGGGUUCAUCCGAUAACUGGCCCUAGGUUCAUAUCUAAAGUUAAGGAGAACUACGAUCUCUGCAGCAUAUGUUUUGCUGAAAUGGGAAAUGAUGCUGAUUACAUCAGAAUGGACCGUCCUUUAGCUUACCGGCAUCCCUUGUCUUUCAAGGGUUUACAAGAUCUUCAGAGUCAACAACAAAAGUGUUUACAGGAUAUGAAUGCCAGGUUGCGUGCCGGUGCUCCAACUGUCCCACAAGUCUCUCGAGGCUAUGGGUGGAAAUCAGGUCGGCCAAAGCUGGACAGCCGCUUCAUACAGGAUGUCAAUAUCCUGGAUGGAACCAUCAUGACCCCCUUGACUCGAUUUACCAAGAUCUGGAAAAUGAAGAACAAUGGUAAUCUCGUCUGGCCUCAAGGAACUCAGCUUGUUUGGAUUGGGGGAGAUAGAUUAAGUGAUAAAUUCUCUGUUGAAUUAGAGAUCACUCCAGCUGGCUUGGCUGUUGACCAGGAGCUUGAUGUGGCAGUUGAUUUUACUGCUCCUGAGCAUCCUGGUAGGUACAUGUCCUACUGGAGAUUGGCUUCGUCUUCGGGGCAGAAAUUUGGCCAGCGUGUAUGGGUGCUUAUCCAGGUCGAUGCUGUAUUAAACCAGCCAAAACAGGAGUUGGUCCACGAAGCUUUUCAGGGGUUAAACUUGAAUUUACCUCCUGCCAGCAGUGAUGUGUCCGGACCUGAUAUUUUCAAUGUGAAUCCAGAACCUCAGAAUGUCCUACCUGAGCCUAAGAGCUUUAGUACAAUGGAGUUGGUUGAUUCAGUGGCUGAAGAAAACCAAAACAAGGAGCAGGAAGCCAAAUUUCCUAUUAAUGAUAACUUGUUGGUUGGUGGUUUUGGUGACAAGCCAAGCUCUCCAUCUGCUCCUGGCUCACCAAUUUCGUAUCCAAUUAUUGAUUCAACUGAGGAGGCAGCAGCGGUUACUUCCAUGGUACCAUCAGCUGCUGUUGCUAUGCAGGCACCACUCCAGGAUGUUAGAGGGAAUAGCGAAGUUGAGGUGUCCCUCCUCCGGGAGCUGGAGGAAAUGGGUUUCAAGCAGGUAGAUCUGAACAAAGAAAUCUUGAGGAAGAAUGAGUAUAAUUUGGGGCAGUCAGUUGAUGAUCUCUGUGGUGUUGCCGAGUGGGAUCCUAUCCUCGAAGAGCUGGAGGAGAUGGGUUUCUGCGACAAAGCAAUGAAUAAGAAGCUGCUUGAGAAGAACAACGGAAGCAUCAAGCGUGUUGUCAUGGAUCUUAUUGCUGGAGAGCAGUAGGAGAGAUUUACUAUUUCUCCUGUCGCGCGAUGGAUAGUUUGGUAUGAAUAAUUGAUGGGAGGCAACAUAAUGGUUUUGGUUACUGUUUGUCUGCUAUGUUUUGGUUGUUUGUCAACUAUGAUUUGCCAAACUCUUUUAAGUUAUGUUAUUGCGUGAACUAGCUGUGUAAUAUGUAGUAUGGUAUUAGUCGUAUCUCGAAACCUAUGAUAUUUAGUAUAAUGAAUAUGAAUGUUUUUCUUCCUAA